GAAGCCAGGAAAUUGUGGUUGCCUAGUUUCACAUCUACGGUGCAAAGUUUGAAGACGUGUGCGGCCGCUGUCUGCGCUCAAGCAACGCAAACUAUUUGAAAACACCUUCGAGGUCCAGGUGGCAAAACAGACGGUGCAAGAUGUCCGUCGCGGGAUUUAAGAAGCAAUUUUACAAAGCGAGUCAGUUGGUGAGUGAGAAGGUUGGAGGUGCAGAAGGAACCAAACUGGAUGAAGACUUCAAGGACCUCGAGAGGAGAGCAGAUGUUACCAGCAGGGCAGUGGUGGAAGUCAUCAAUAAAACAUCAGAGUACCUCCAGCCCAACCCAGCCACGAGAGCCAAACUUUCUAUGCUCAACACAGUGUCCAAAAUCCGUGGGCAGGUGAAGAGUCCGGGUUACCCCCAGCCUGAGGGCCUCCUGGGAGAAUGCAUGACCAAGUAUGGACGGGACAUGGGCGAGGACACCAACUUUGGUGGGGCUCUAGUAGACAUUGGGGAGUCGAUGAAGAGGAUGGCUGAGGUCAAGGACUCUCUGGAUAUUGAUGUGAAGCAGAACUUUAUUGACCCACUGCAGGCAGUCGCUGAGAAGGACAUCAAAGACAUUCAGCACCACCUUAAGAAACUGGAGGGCCGCCGCCUGGACUACGAUUAUAAAAAGAAACGUCAGGGUAAAAUCCAAGAAGAAGAGAUCAGGCAGUCGCUGGAGAAGUUCCACGAGUCCAAAGAGCUGGCUGAAAGCUCCAUGCAUAACCUGCUGGAAACAGAUGUGGAGCAGGUGAGUCAGCUGUCUUCCUUUGUGGAGUCUUUGUUGCAGUACCACAGACAGGCCACGCAAGUCCUGGAGGAGCUUUCUGACAAACUGAGAGAAAGGGUGAAUGAUGCUCAGUCUCGUCCAAGGCGUGAAUACACACCCAAACCCAGACCAGUCUUUGACUAUGGAGAGGUAGAAAACUCUAAUGGAGGAUACUCACCAGCUGCAGCGAGCCCCCCAGCUUACUCUGCCGCCCCAGCACAAUAUCCAGCUCCAUCCUUCCAAAGGGCCUCCUUCAAGAGCAGACCGCCAGAGCCAUGCUGUAAAGCCCUGUAUGACUUUGAUCCAGAGAACGAAGGAGAGCUGGGCUUCCACGAGGGCGAGAUCAUCACCCUGGUCAGUCAAAUCGAUGAGAACUGGUUUGAGGGAAGCCUUCGCGGCAAAUCAGGAUACUUCCCCAACAACUAUGUUGAAGUGGUGGUGCCUCUGUCACACUGAAAACAGCAAGGCAAGAUGGUGGGGCAGCAGGAUGGAGAGGAUGGAACGGGGGUAUGAUGGAGGAUUAUCAACUCUCAGUAAUCAAAAGAAGUCUUUUCUUUAUUGUAAUUAAAGGGUAAACAUCUAGAGACAGGGACGUACCGUUUGUAUCUAGGAUUUGUUUUAGUAAAAAGCCUUUUUUAUUCUCAUUCUGUCAGAUUAUGUCAAGAUUUCAUGGAUCUUUUAAAACGGGAAGGACAGAGGGAUGUUCAAUCAAAAAAAAAUUUUGGGGUGCAUUUACCAUAUCCUCACAUUCAUUCUCUAUGCACCUGUGCACUUUGUACCUCCAUCACCGGGACUGAUAAAGAAAGACUUAAGAGAGAAUGAGAUCUGUAGUGACAUGUCCAGCAGUGUCCGCUAACUCUAAGAAGUGCAACUACUUUAUCCUACACUUAUUUUAUAUUCACAAGAUGACAUUUCUUGUUCAUACUGGUACUAAACACACGUUUGUAUAUCCAUGCUUUCUUCUAAGCGCUGUUUUUUACACUCCCACCUCUGCCUUCAGGCUUCAGUACUGUUGUCACCAUGGACCAGUUAGUCAACAUGGAGGACUGUCUGCCUUUUGUCAAUGUUUGAGGCUAUCCUCCACUGCCACCUGGUGGUAUUAGACAUCACCCUUAGCUAUUAGUUUGAGUGUCACAUGGCCUCUAUUAUCUCAUACCAAAUCCAUGUUAGUUGCUUGUCUUGUGUUUAAGUGUGGAGAAACUGUGAGGGAGUUUUACAAACGUUAGCUAAGUGUAUUAAAUACCAAAAAAUGGUUUUAUAGUUGAUUUCUAAAGAGCUGGAUGGUGUCCAUAAAUAUGCGUAGUCUUACAACCUUAUCACAGUAAUUGUUACUAAGUUGUCAGUGAUUUAGUCUACCUACAGCUCUUCCAGUGUUUCCCACUACACUCCACUCUUCUCUUAGAGCUGAUGCCAAAGAAACGUAGCAAAAAUUCGAAAAUGGGACGAGGCUGCUAUUCGUCAUUAAAAGGGAACAUAUUUCAUACAGCCUUGAAAUUUAAGAUACAUAUUUCAGAUGAUUAUAUUGAAACGUUUCCUUUUUAUUUACUUCACAUUUUAAAGAAGAAGAAAAACCCACAACAAUGUAACAUGAUUCACUCCCACCCUAAAUGUUUUGCAGCAUCACACUAAAGCCAUAAGCACACAUCCUUCAGUUCCUCUAUUUUCUCAGGCUCUAUUGAUACUGCUGGCAGUGUCGCUCACAAUGUUUUGUGGGCUUUUACCCGUUUGUCAGUGAACUUUGAGUCUGUGAUUUGUUUUCCCCCGGCAGUGCGGGGGUAAGCUUGGCUUUAGUACUCUAACCUAUAAUUUAAAGCAUGGAAAUUAAUCUGAUGUGUAUUGGGUGUGUUUGUACCUGCCUCAGUUUUGAGGCUGAAACUGUGCACCAGACCUGACAGACAGCGAUCUCAAUCUAUUGUGUACAGAAUUUACUAAUAAUGAGGAAGGCCCGCACACAAUAGUCGGUUUCAGUUUCAAUUAAGCCUAUUACAAGCUGACUAUGAACUGUGAGUGGUUUGUGCUGUUCACUAAAAUGCCAACUUUCUCCUCUUGUCAUGAUCCCCUUGUUAGACCGCCCCCCGCCCCACUCAUCCCUCCCAUCUCUGUUUAAACUGGAAGCGGAACAGACAGGUCUUUUCAGCAGGGAAGGGCACACAGCAGUAGAUUAUGCCCUUCCUCCCCCACUGGUCUUUAUUCACCACCUGGCCCCUGUACCCCUACCCCCUUUUCUCAUUAUCUGCCCCAUCCCAGUCCCAUGGUGCCUCUGGUGCUCAGUCUCCUGAUCCAUCCCUGGAAUAAUCUCCUCCAUUGUUAUCAUAGUAUGUGCCUCUUCAAUGUUAUGUUUGCAUGUUAUUCAUGUUAUGUAUUAGGGCCAGGGGUUUCGGCUGUGCUGAGUAAUAACUGGGAGGUUCAGGUGUGGGUUUACAUGCCUCAUUACACCAAAUCAGAUGCCCAGAGUUUGAGAGGGGAAAGGAGGGUCAGCGGUGAACGUUGAGCUAUUAUGCAGCUUGUACAAUAUCGGUGAUGAAUAAUGUCGUGGAACAAAGGGCUGAGAUCAAUUUUUAGUGUGCUGCUGCUGUCACAGCUAAAACAGUUGUUUGAGCGCUGCGGCUGACAUUGAUUGCAACACUACAUUCUGUGAUGGCUCGUAUUGCAUCUAUACCUUUUUAAGUGUCUCAACUUUGCAAUAUUGAUGAAUGAAGUAUUAUCAGACUUUAAAGCUUUAUUUUAUUAUUCCCAAUGUAAAUGAUUGUUAAAAUGUAACCGCCUUGCAUGUGUCUUCAUUACAGCUUCUGUGUCUUACGCAAUGCAUUAUUUCUUUAACUGUGACACUGUGGGGAGACUAAAAGUGGGAUUAUCCUGGAUUAUCUUCAGGAUACAUGGAUUUACCUCUAUACUAAAUGUAAUCUUCUGUGUAUUGUAUAUUUUUGUUACUAUGUAAAGGGGAAAAGAUGCUGUUUGUUCGCUUCUUCAAAUAAAUAUAAAGUAAUUUGG